AUGGAACCUACCUCCUAUGAGAGAUGGGAAAAGAACAGAGGGCUAUGGAUGGAGAUUACUGAUGGGGUCCUUGUUUCAUAUCUUGAGAGGCUUCAUGGCAAUGAUCCGAAAGUGACAGAGGAUUUUGUGAAUGGUUUGGAGAAAGGCAUCCUCACGACGUUUGGAGUGGAGUUUAGAAUUGAUGAAACCUUCGUCAUGGAGAUAUCUUCUUUGCAGAUGGAAGGCAACAAUUUCUAUAGAGAAAGGAAGGUGGUGAAAGAAGCCAUUGCGGCUUUCGUUGACAAAGAUAGCGAGAGGAAAUGGGUGAAAAAUAUGAAGGACGGCGACUAUAACAGGAAGGAACUGAAAUUACUUUGGGCGGAGAUGGCCGCAGUGAUUAUGAGGUUUGGCCACUGUUUCCAUGAAGCAGCAACAUCUAAUCCGGAGUACCCAUAUUCGUUUAUGACAGCAGAUGCUCAAAAGGCAGCUUCAAGAUCAUAUGAUUACAUUGUGGUUGGAGGAGGUACAGCGGGAUGUCCCCUGGCAGCAACUCUCUCACAGCACUACUCUGUUUUAGUAUUGGAGAGGGGAGACUCUCCUUACGGAAUUCCCGAUGUGGAGGAUUUCAGAGGGUCUCCCACAACUAAUCCCAAAGUAGCGCAGGGGUUUGUCUCAGAAGAUGGAGUGCAGUUGGUACGGGCGAGAGUUUUAGGAGGCGGAUCAGCCAUCAACGGUGGAGUCUACAGCAGGGCGAGCACUGAAUAUAUUCGGAAAAUAAAGUGGGAUGAGAAACUUGUAUAUGAGUCAUAUGAAUGGGUAGAACGGUUGAAUGCCUUCCAACAAUACAAGCUUUCUACUUGGAAUUCUGCUACCAAGGAUGGGCUUCUUCAAGCUGGAGUUCUUCCUUACAACGGCCACACUUUCGAUCAUUUGGUUGGCACCAAGAUCAGUGGCUCAAUCUUUGACGAGAAUGGAAAGAGACAUACAGCCGCAGAUCUACUCCAGUAUGCAAAUCCAGAAAAUAUUGUAGUUCUUCUCAAUGCUACUGCCAGCAGAAUACUCUUCAGUUUGGGAUCAGGAAAGCCAAAGGCUAGCGGAGUGGAGUUCAGAAGCAAUAAUGAUGGUCUCAUUUAUCAAAUUUCACUUAACCAAUUGUCAAUCAAUAGUGAGGUGAUUUUGUCAGCAGGAAGCAUAGGUAGCACUCAACUUCUCCUCUUAAGCGGAAUUGGUCCAAAAAGACAACUCAAAGAAAUGAAUAUUCCUGCUCUUUUAGAUUCACCUUUUGUAGGUAAACAAGUUCAAGAUAAUCCUAGUGCAGCCUUUACUAUAGUAUCCUCGAAACCACUUGAAGAUUCUUAUUCACAAUUAGCGGGCAUUUUAGGCAAUUCCCAAAAUUACAUCGAAAGUGGUAGCCUUGUCCAACGGAAUAAUGGUACAAAUACACAAUAUUUAGGUGUUCUUGAUAUUAAGUUGGCAUUUCCCUUAUCAAGGGGUGAUCUUUGGCUUAAAAGCGUAGACCCUCGAGAUAACCCCUAUGUUCGUUACAACUACUAUUCACACUCUCUUGAUCUACAAAGAUGUGUGAAAGGUAUAAAAGUAAUGGUUAAUCUGAGUAUGUCAUCUUCUAUCCAAGAGUUUGCAUUUACUGAUAGUGGAAAUUCCAAAACACUCCAAUUCCUUGGAAUAGCAUUACCAAAGAAUCAAUCAAAUGAUGAUGCCUUGGCGAAGCUUUGCAAAGAGGCACUAGGGACAUUUAACCAUUAUCAUGGAGGUUGUCAAGCUGGUUUAGUGGUUAAUGAAAGGUAUCUGGUGAAAGGUGUUGAUAAUCUCAGAGUUGUGGAUGGCUCAAUUUAUAAGGAUUCCCCUGGUACCAACCCACAAGCCACAACCAUGAUGCUUGGAAGGUAUAUGGGAAUUCAUAUCCUUCAAGAACGCACAAUCUCUUAA